UGAAAAGUUAGAUUUCGAUGCUACUUCAUGAAAAUUUCGCUUCGUUAAGCAAACGUGUCGAUUGCUCGCAACGAAAAAUUAUCAGCCUGUUUGUUUGGACGAUUUUACCUUGAAACUCUAAAUUUCUUAUCGGGACUGACGCGAGCUUGAGAAUUGAUACGGCACUGAUUUUACAAUCAACUCGAUCUGGACACGCAAGAGACUCGUAGUCGUAAAACUCGCUGGUGAACGGUGGAGAACAGCGCGCAUCAAGUCGAGAGAGAACUUAAGAAUAACAAUUAGCGGUUGCGCUUUUUUUACUUUUUAUAUACUUGUUAUUGAAUAAAAUUAAAAAUGAUUCCUAGAAGACACGUUUUGGAAUUGCUACAAGUUAUUUCUUCUCAAUCCUGUAAAUGUCCGGCUCAUGCGAAUUUAGGUAACACUACGACGCAUGAAUUAAGGAAAGCGCGUAGCACGAUAACUAAUGCUACAGCAUCAAAAGAAUAUGCAUUCGAGAUGGCUUGUUCCACGGUUCGAUAUGGUAUCGGAGUUACCAAAGAAUUGGGAAUGGACAUGCAAAAUCUCGGUGCGAAGAAUGUAUGUUUAAUGACGGAUUCGAAUUUAGUAAAUUUGCAGCCUGUUAAAACCGCUGUGGACAGUCUUACUAAAUAUGGUAUUCCAACAACAGUUUACGACAAAGUGCGUGUAGAGCCUACAGAGCAGAGCUUGAAGGAUGCAAUCAAGUUUGCUGAACGCGGAAAAUUCGACGCUUUUAUAGCGAUAGGAGGUGGUUCAGUGAUGGACACUUGUAAAGCAGCCAAUCUCUACAGCUCCGAUCCAGAAGCCGACUUUUUAGAUUACGUGAACGCACCUAUCGGUAAAGGUAAACCAAUUACUGUACCGUUAAAACCGCUAAUAGCAGUGCCAACUACUUCUGGUACCGGUUCCGAGACGACUGGCGUCUCUAUCUUCGAUUAUCAACCACUUAAAGCCAAAACUGGAAUUGCUAAUAGGGCUUUGAGACCCACAUUGGGCCUUAUCGAUCCAAAUCACACGUUGUCCAUGCCAGAAAGGGUUUGCGCUUAUUCUGGCUUCGAUGUUCUGUGCCAUGCACUCGAAUCAUUCACCGCGAUACCAUACACGGAGAGAACACCUUGCCCUUCUAAUCCAAUUCUUAGACCAGCUUACCAAGGUAGCAAUCCUAUCAGCGACGUGUGGUCAAGAUAUGCUCUCCAAAUCAUGCGCAAAUAUUUUAAAAGAGCAGUAUACAACGAAGACGACCUCGAAGCUAGGAGUAGCAUGCAUCUCGCGAGUACCAUGGCUGGAGUCGGAUUUGGAAAUGCUGGAGUUCAUCUCUGUCACGCGCUUUCUUAUCCCAUUAGCGGAAAUGUACAUAGUUUUCAACCUAAGGGUUACAGUACGGAUCAUCCCAUAAUUCCUCAUGGACUUUCGGUUGUUAUCUCGGCGCCUGCCGUAUUUUCGUUCACCGGUAGCGCGUGUCCAGAAAGACACUUAGAGGCCGCUGAGUUACUUGGUACCGACAUAAGCCGAGCCAAGAAAAGCGACGCCGGCAAAAUUUUAGCCGACACGGUAAAGGAGUAUAUGAGCGUAAUGAAAAUCGAGAAUGGUUUGACGGAGUUAGGAUUCAAGAAGGAAGACGUUCCUGCUUUAGUUGAAGGCACGCUACCGCAACAUCGCAUUACAAAAUUAGCACCUAGAGACCAAUCAAGGGAGGAUCUUACACAACUAUUCGCGGAAUCUUUUACAAUCUACUAGGAACAAUAUCUUAACAUGUACUUUCUUACACGAUCAUAUAAUCUAUUUUCUAAAUAAAAUGUUUACAAAAGA